GAGAGAUGGCAGGCAACCAGGUUCUGGUACUGAUUCUUCUCACUCUUCUACCCAUCUCAACGCCUCACACAGCCUUAGCCGCGACUUCUUCUAGCCAAAUAACGACCUACACACAAUAUAUCAAAACAGGUUGCAAUUCAACCCUAUAUCCACAAUUAUGCUACAAGUCCCUCUCCCCAUAUGCCUCCGAAAUCAAAGGAAAUCCCCAAGAACUUUGCAAAACCGCCCUCUCCAUAGCCCUACAGGCAGCAAGAAAUGCAUCCUCCACGGUGUCAAACUUGGGGCAACAGAAGACAUUAACGCCUUAUGAAGCUUCAGUUAUUAAGGACUGCGUCGUGAACAUCAAAGACUCCAUUGAUGAGCUCAAGCAAUCUCUGCAAGCUAUGGACCGUUUAAGUGGUUCGGACAAGGAAUUCCAGUUGAGCAACAUAAAAACAUGGGUUAGUGCCGCCUUGACGGAUGAGAAUACAUGCAACGAUGGGCUUGACGAAGGCGGCCAGAAGAUAAGCGCGGCAGUGAAGAAUAAGAUCAGGAAUAGUAUAUUGAUAGUUGCCAGGCUGACUAGUAAUGCUUUGGCUCUCAUCAACAACCUCAAAAUCUAGCUAAA